AUGCCGACUUCCACUGACAUACCAGCCUUUGCCGCCUCUCAGCUGACGCUGCUCGAUGCUGAGCUCAAAGCCGAGCUCUCAGAAACAGAUGCCCUCCUUUCGUCGCACACGCCGACUGCACUUGCUCGCGGUGGCCUCGCCAUCCUGAACCUCAAUGUUUCCUCGGUACGGACGGGCAUGGGUGGUAAGACUAUAGUAGAGCUUGCGCUCGAUCCUGCCGUCGUCGCGAAAGGUACCAGACCGGAGAUACCGGAGCAUGGCAUUCGGGUAGGAGACAUUGUGGCCGUUGCAGACCAGCCUGCAGGCAGUGCGAAAAAGACGGAGAAGAAGGAACUGGAAAAGAAAGGCGCAGAGGGCGUGGUCUUGAAGGUCCGACGUGAGAACAUCGAGAUGGUGCUGGACAAGGAAGAUGCCGAUGUGCCGAGUGGCAGCAAGUUGUGGAUAGUGAAACUGGCAAAUGACGUUACGUACAAGAGGAUGAAUCAGACCAUGACCAGGCUACAGAAGCUUGGAGAGCAGGAAUACACGCCCUUCAUGAGAGUGCUUUUCGGACAAGACUCGCCUUCGCCCCUUCCAUCAGAUCUCAACGACCCUUCCAACCCUCUGCACAAGCUAGAGCACAACGAUCCAAGCUUGAACGAUAGCCAGAGAGAAGCCAUCAGGUUUGCCCUAGCCUCUCGAGAGGUCGCCCUGAUACACGGUCCACCAGGUACAGGAAAAACACAUACCCUGAUCGAGCUGAUCUUGCAGUUGCUCAAACAGAACCUUCGCCUCUUGGUAUGUGGCCCGUCCAACAUCUCAGUAGACAACAUCGUCGAACGACUAGCCUCCCACAAGGUCAACAUGGUCCGCCUAGGCCACCCAGCUCGUCUUCUGCCGUCGGUGCUGAACCACUCGCUCGACGUUCUUACUCGCACGUCAGAGGCAGCAGCCUUGGUUCAAGACGUGCGUAAGGAGAUGGACGACAAGCAAGCAUCGAUACGCAAGACGCGCAACGGCAGAGAGAAACGCCAGAUCUACACAGAGCUCAAGGAGCUGCGACAAGAGUACAGAGAGCGGGAGAGAGGCUGCGUUAACAACUUGGUCGGAGGCAGCAAAAUCGUCCUCGCUACCCUCCACGGCGCAGGAGGCUUCCACCUCAAGGGUCAAGAGUUCGAUGUCGUCAUCGUGGAUGAAGCCAGUCAAGCACUUGAAGCACAAUGUUGGGUGCCACUGCUCUGGGUCAAAGCGAACAAGCUCGUCCUUGCAGGCGACCAUCUACAGCUACCUCCCACCAUCAAGUCACUCAACUCGAAAGAAUCAAAAGCCGCAAAGAAAACCUCAACGGCCCGCGUCGAAACUGAAUCGUCGGGCAUCAGCCAAACCCUCGAGACCACGCUCUUCGAUCGCCUCCUCGCCCUCCACGGCCCCAGUAUAAAACGCAUGCUGACCACUCAAUACCGCAUGCACGAAACCAUCAUGCGCUUCCCCUCAGAUGCGCUCUACGACUCACAGCUCAUCGCUGCCGACUCGGUCAAAGCGCGCCUGCUCACCGACCUACCCUACGAAAUCCAAGACACGGAAGACACACGAGAGCCGCUCGUGUUCUGGGACACGCAAGGCGGCGAUUUUUCGGAGAAGAUUGAAGAUGAGGGUGUCAUUGGCAAAGGAGGAAAGGGCAUGAGUCUGGGCGACAGCAAGAGCAACGAAGCAGAAGCAGCACUCGUGAAGAUGCAUGUCAGCAACCUGAUUGCUGCGGGCGUCAAGGAAGAGGACAUUGCAGUCAUCACCCCGUACAAUGCGCAGCUCGCGCUUCUCUCUGGACUGCUCAAGGAGAAGUACCCGCAGCUGGAGCUGGGCAGCGUUGAUGGCUUCCAGGGCCGCGAGAAAGAAGCCGUGGUCGUGAGCACGGUGCGCAGCAACGCUGAGCACGAAGUCGGUUUCUUGGCUGAGAAGAGGAGACUCAAUGUUGCCAUGACGAGGCCGAAACGCCAUCUCUGCGUGGUUGGGGAUUCGGACACGAUCAGCAAGGGCAGUGUGUUUCUCAAGCAGUGGAUGGAGUAUCUUGAGGAGAAUGCUGACUUGAGGUAUCCGAAUUUGGCGGAUGUGUACGUGGAUGCAUGA